CUUAUUGUUUCGCGUUGCUUUAUUGCUUAGCUCGCGCGGUUUGCGUGCUGUCGUAAUUUUAUUUGGGGGUUUUCUCUUCUAUCGUUCAUCAGUCGUUCAUUAGUUGAUCCGGCUCUAAAUAUUCGAGUUCUAUCUUGUGUCUCCUAUAAGCUGGCACCAUUCGGAUAGUCCCUGAAAAAUGCCGACAGAUGGUGAGGCUAAACUCAUUCAGAGUGAAAGUGAAGAAUUCUUGUAUUGCGGCAUUUGCCGUCACAAAUACGAUUUCCACAGGUCUCGGCCAAAAGUUUUGUCCUGCGCUCACACCUUUUGUCUCACGUGCCUCCAAAUUCUCCAUAAAGGAAACACUUUGAAAUGUCCGACAUGUAAAUGUGUGACUGGCGAAAUUGAAAGUGUUCUGUCCUUGCCGAACAACAAACAUGUCCAUCAUAUUGCACAUCUCACUGAGAAGUUGUGGAAUACUCGAAUCCAACCGACAAAUGUUGAAGACGUCAUCGACGGUGUCUCUGAAACUCUGACUCCCGAUUCUUCCAGUUCUACCAGGAUGUUGAGAGUCAUUGACUGGGGAAGUUUGGGGAGUUUCAUGGCAGAAAGAAUCGACACUUUUGUCAAGGUCAUACGAUCGCAAAAUCCUGAUGUUGUAUUUUUUUACGACAUUGAUCGGACAACUCUCGGCCGACUUCAAAAGUUGUUUCCACGCUUCAAAUUCAUAUCGGAAAAGAAAAUGGCUCCUCGGCAGGAUGAUAAUUAUCUAGGGGGAUCAUUUUUUGGAUCAUACAGCUUUCUGAGGGUUACAAUGCUGAAUGCCACUGUCACUUAUGAUUCCCACGAAUUUACAACUGUCCCUGUUCAACCCUGGGAAUCUCAUAGUGAUAGUAAUUUAAACAUUCUUAAAGUCAAAGCCCAUUUUGGCGAUAUGGAACUCAAACUUUUGAAUACGCAAUUAACCGUCGAUGGAUUAUCAGGAAAAUAUCGCCAAAGCCUAUUGAAAGCUAUUUUUGAAGAGGUGCGGAAUGCGGACGAAAAUGUCAACGUUAUUAUGGGCGUAGGAGGUUAUUUGGGAGACAAAGAGGUAACGAGUGUUGGAGGACUGCCCAGUCGUACUGCAGACAUGUGGGAUGCGUGCGGUAAACCGAAAACAUGCAAAUUGAAAUUCAUCUUGGACGACGCCAACCUUACCUUGGGAUGUUUAAGUCAAGAGAACUUCACCGCCAAUUUCACUCGUUUGGAAUACCUUGGUCGAACUGAUCGCUUCUUUUUGCGUCCGGCGUCAACUGGGACGCUCGCCGUACCCAAUUCGUUCCGUGUUAUUGGCAUACUGAAAGUUUCCGGAUUGGAGCAUUCGGUGAUGAUAGUAGACGUGAUGACGAGAGGUGAAAGUGAAUAACAAAAAACCAGGAAAUUAUUUUCUUUUUGCAUUAACGAAAGUUAGGAUCUGUUAAUCGUUUGGUUUGUUUCAAUGAUCCUAUUACAGUUGAAUACAAUUAUGAUUUCUUUAGAUA